UGUGGCAGAGGGAGGGACCAGAGACCGGUGAAGUUUAAUCAUUGAACCGAGCAGCUGGAAGUAUUUAGUUCUAGCACCCAGCUCCCAGCCUGAACGAGAGGUGUGUGGCACUCCACAGAGGGUGAACAGCGACUGUACGGAAAUCUCUGUCUGUCUCAGGAACAACCAAACUCGGGAAACAUGUUUGCAGUACACUUGAUGGCGUUUUACUUCACCAAGCUGAAGGAGGAUCAGAUCAAGAAGGUGGACAGGUUCCUGUAUCACAUGCGACUCUCAGAUGAGACCCUCGUGGACAUCAUGGCCCGGUUCCAGGCCGAGAUGGAGAAAGGCCUGGGGAAGGACACGAACCCCACAGCGUCAGUAAAGAUGCUGCCCACGUUUGUCAGGGCCAUUCCAGAUGGCUCAGAAAACGGGGAAUUCCUUUCCCUGGAUCUUGGAGGAUCCAAGUUUCGGGUCUUGAAGGUACAGGUCUCUGAAGAGGGGAAGCAGAAUGUCCAAAUGGAGAGUCAGUUCUACCCAACGCCUAAUGAAAUCAUCCGCGGGAAUGGCACUGAGCUCUUUGACUAUGUAGCUGACUGCCUGGCAGAUUUCAUGAGAAGCAGAGAUCUGACGCAUAAGAAGUUGCCCCUGGGCUUUACCUUCUCCUUUCCCUGCAGACAAACUAAGCUGGAGGAGGGUUUCCUGCUUUCAUGGACCAAGAAGUUCAAGGCCCGGGGAGUUCAGGACACAGACGUGGUGGGCCGCCUUGCCAACGCCAUGAAAAAGCACAAGGACCUGGACGUGGACAUCCUGGCCUUGGUUAAUGAUACUGUGGGGACCAUGAUGACGUGUGCUUAUGAUGAUCCCAGCUGUGAAGUCGGUGUUAUCAUUGGAACAGGCACCAACGCGUGUUACAUGGAAGACAUGAGCAACAUUGACCUUGUGGAAGGUGACGAGGGAAGGAUGUGCAUCAACACAGAGUGGGGCGCCUUCGGGGACGACGGGGCUUUGGAGGACAUUCGGACAGAGUUUGACAGAGAGCUGGACCUUGGCUCACUCAACCCUGGGAAGCAACUGUUUGAGAAGAUGAUCAGUGGCCUGUACAUGGGGGAGCUGGUUAGGCUCAUCUUACUAAAGAUGGCCAAAGUCGGUCUCCUCUUUGGGGGCGCAAAAUCCUCCGCCCUGCAUACAAAGGGCAAGAUCGAAACACAGCACGUGGCUGCCAUGGAGAAGUAUAAAGAAGGCCUGGCCAACACUAGAGAGAUCCUGGUGAAUCUGGGCCUGGACCCCUCUGAGUCAGACUGCAUAGCUGUCCAGCAUGUGUGCACCAUCGUCUCUUUCCGCUCCGCCAAUCUCUGUGCUGCUGCUCUGGCAGCCAUCUUAACACGCCUCCGAGAGAAUAAGAAGCAGGCCCGGCUCCGCACCACAGUGGGCAUGGACGGAACCCUCUACAAGACACACCCUCAGUACCCCAAACGCCUGCACAAGGUGGUGAGGAGACUGGUCCCAAACUGCGAUGUCCGCUUCCUCCUAUCAGAGAGUGGCAGCACCAAGGGGGCAGCUAUGGUGACCGCAGUAGCCUCUCGGGUGCAGGCCCAGCGUAAGCAGAUUGACAAGGUGCUGGCUUUGUUCCAGCUGACCCGAGAGCAACUCAUGGGUGUGCGGGACAAGAUGCGGACUGAGCUAGAGUACGGGCUGAAGAAAGAGACUCAUGCUCUGGCUACGGUGAAGAUGCUCCCCACCUAUGUCUAUGGGAUGCCUGAUGGCACAGAGAAAGGAAAGUUCCUUGCCCUGGAUUUGGGGGGAACUAACUUCCGAGUUCUCCUGGUGAAGAUCAGAAGCGGAAGGAGGUCGGUGCGCAUGUACAACAAGAUCUUUGCCAUCCCCCUGGAGAUCAUGCAGGGCACCGGUGAGGAGCUGUUUGACCACAUCGUGCAGUGCAUCGCUGACUUCCUGGACUACAUGGGCCUCAAGGGGGCCCAGCUGCCUUUGGGCUUCACAUUCUCCUUUCCCUGCAGACAGACGUGCAUUGACAAGGGGACUCUAGUAGGGUGGACCAAAGGCUUCAAGGCCACUGACUGCGAAGGGGAGGACGUGGUGGACAUGCUCAGAGAAGCCAUCAGGAGGAGAAACGAGUUUGACCUGGACAUAGUUGCAAUCGUGAAUGACACGGUGGGGACCAUGAUGACAUGUGGCUAUGAAGAUCCCAAUUGUGAGAUUGGCUUGAUUGCAGGGACAGGAAGCAACGCGUGCUACAUGGAGGAGAUGAGGAACAUUGAGCUGGUGGAAGGGGACACAGGGCGCAUGUGCAUCAACACAGAGUGGGGAGCGUUUGGGGACAAUGGCUGCAUAGACGACAUCUCCACCCAGUACGACAAGGAAGUGGAUGAGGGCUCCUUGAAUUCAGGCAAGCAGAGAUAUGAGAAAAUGACCAGUGGGAUGUACCUGGGGGAGAUUGUGAGGCAGAUCCUGAUUGACCUCACCCGGCAGGGGCUCCUCUUCCGAGGGCACAUUUCAGAGCGACUCCGGACCAGGGGGAUCUUUGAAACCAAAUUCCUGUCCCAGAUCGAAAGUGAUCGGCUGGCCCUCCUGCAGGUCAGGAGGAUCCUGCAGCAGCUAGGCCUGGACAGCACGUGUGAAGACAGUAUUGUGGUGAAAGAGGUGUGUGGCGCCGUGUCACGGAGGGCCGCCCAGCUCUGUGGCGCAGGCAUGGCUGCAAUCGUGGAGAAAAGGAGACAAGACCAGGGGCUCAAGCACUUCAAGGUCACGGUGGGCGUGGAUGGAACGCUGUACAAGCUGCACCCUCACUUCUCCCGGAUUCUGCAGGAGACGGUGAAAGACCUGGCCCCUCAGUGUGACGUGACAUUCAUGCUGUCAGAAGACGGCAGUGGAAAGGGAGCAGCUCUGAUCACAGCUGUAGCCAAGAGGUUACAGCAGCAGGGGAAGGAAAACUAGGUGGCCCACCAGGUCUGUGAUGCCCCGUGCCGACCAAGGACCACCCGAUGACCUCCAGACUGACCUUCCCUUCUCCAGGGCCAAAAGAAAACCAGAGUUCUCAGUAUCCUUAGCAUCCUGGUACUGGCUUUGCAGCGACACUCGGCGACCUCCCUUUGGCAUAUUUUGACCAAAGAUGGGUUGGCUUUUGAAAUCAAAGGAUCUGGCCCAAGAGAUCCCAUUUUGGUAAAUUUUUCAGUUGAGCUGCCAGUGUUCAAUAGCUUCAAGUCCCUGGCUGCUGGACUCAGAAUCUUCCCAGGUGGCUGGUGGCUUAGUUCCUUUCUGACAUCAAGCUGCCUCUGGCGGGAGAUGGGACCCGAGACCUACAGAUGAACCCUUGAGAGGGAGAAAGACACUUAGUGAACUAGGGGAUCUAGCUUAACGUGGCCUCACUUGUCAUGUUUGCUUCAUAGGCGCCGGGAGAACAGGGCUUUGGCACAUUCAUCUUCAGAUGAAUGCAGAGGGGCCUGUUGCCCUGGAGCCAGGAGGAAUCUUAACCAGAUUCAGGUGCUCUGUGAGCACUCUGGGGUGUCAUUCUCCAGAGGUGUGUUGAGGGGGUGGGACGCAACUCAAGGUACUGUCUUCCAUUCCCCGUCAUGCAGUAGGUAGCAGUCACUGCUGUCCAUAUUUAUUUCAAGGACCGUUAGGUCUAUGAAAUG